AGGCCCCGGGAGCCCGAGCUCGAGCUUGCAAUAAAAAGGCUCUUGCUUUUGCAUUGGAAUCAGCUCCCUGGUGGUCUUUGGGGACUUUGGGAUCUGGCAUUACAUCUGGGGGCUUGUCCAGGAUCCCCCAAGACCCCCUGAGGACCCGUGACCCAAAGAGCCAUUACGUGGUAAGUGUUUGUCUUGUCUAUUGUGCUUAUUUUUGGGAUUGAAGGUUUGUGAAUGGUGUGGUCGGCAUAAAGUCAAGGCGGAUGCACUGGAGGCUGCUGGCCAGGAGGGCUCUGGAGACGUCCCAGCCUCUUCUGAUGUGAGAGUCCCUCCUCCGGAUUGGGACAUGGAGUCCCCAGGGUGCAGAGAAAACUCAGUAUAUGUUGUAGAGAUCACUCCACCAGACUGGGACGUGGAAUACCCAGGGUGUGGUGUGGAGGAAGUGGUUCUUGUGCCAGGGCACUUUUGCGGGUCGCUCCCGCAGCACUGUCAGAGACUGUCGGCUUACUUUCAGUUUUGUUUCCAUGGACAGUCUGUCUUGUUUGUCCUCUUGUGUGCUGUGUCUUUUAUUAGUGUUUUCAUGUGGUUGUGGUUGGCUCUGACGGGGUGACUCUGAUUGUAAUAUGGGACAGACUCAGACAACCCCUCUUUCUCUUUUCCUUGACCAUUUCUCAGAUUUCAAGUCUAGAGCACAGGACUUAGGACUAAUGGUGAAGAAAGCUAAACUUAUUACUUUUUGCAGCAGUGAGUGGCCAACUUUCAACGUUGGCUGGCCUCCCAAAGGAACCUUUCACCUUCCCAUUAUUUUCCAGGUUAAGGACAUUGUCUAUUGUCCACGGAUCCGUCACCCUGACCAGGUUCCAUACAUAACCACCUGGAUGCAUCUGAUGGACGAUCCCCCUCCUUGGUUAAAGGCGCUUCUGCCCCCGCAGAUAAUGUCCAGAACAGUGGAGCAGCUCUUAUAAUGCACGAGAAGCCCCCCAUUGAGAAAUCCACUAAACCUACUAAACCCAAACCCUCUGCACCACUUUACCCUGUGUUACAGGACAGCAUGGAUCAGGAUCUCUUUUGUCCUCCUCCAUAUCAUCCUACUGCCCCUCCACAGGUUGCCUCCCCACCUCCCGGAGAGGCAGUGGCAUGGGAGCCCGCUGCUGAAGCCGGGACUGCAGCCAGACCUGCUGCUGGAAGUCUACCAUACACAAGGCAAUGAGCCCAGUGAGAGGCGAAUGCUGACUCAACUGUCCUUCCCUUGAGGGCCGCGAGCCCUCCGGAUGAGGACAGAGUGCAAGAUCUUUACUACUGGCCUUUUCCCACUAGUGAUUUAUAUAAUUGACAAAUGCAGAAUCCUAAAUUUUCUGAGAAAUCCAGUGCUUUAAUUGAUCUUUCAGAUUCUGUUCUUUUUACUCAUCAGCCCACUUGGGAUGAUUGUCAGCAGCUUUUACAGGUAUUGUUCACCAUGGAAGAAAGAGAAAGAAUUCUGUCUGAAGCCUGAAAGUCGGUUAAGGGCGAAAAUGGGAUGGUGACAACUAAUCCUGCUAUGAUUGAUGCUGUUUUCCUCCUUACCUACCCUGAUUGGGAUUUCCAUAGAAGAAAUGGUCAGGUGAGUCUCCAAUCCUACCGCCAGACUCUAAUGAGGGGUCUCCAGAAAGCGGCCCACAAGCCGACUAAUUGGGCUAAGGUAGGUAAUGUGCAGCAGGAAAAGAAUGAGUCUCCCGCUGCCUUUCUAGAAAGGAUUAUGGAAGCAUUCUGUACUUAUACACCCAUGGAUUCUGAGGCAGAAGGUAGUAAAGCCGCGGUUAUUAUGGCUUUUGUUAACCAGUCUGCCCCAGAUAUAAGAAAGAAACUUCAGAGAGUAGAUAGGCUGGCUGAAAAAUCUUUACAGGAUUGGCUCGCAGUGGCUGAGAAAGUUUAUAAUAAUAGAGAGACAUUGGAGGAAAAGCAGACUUGAGCUUGAACCAAACAAACUCAAGACUUGGCUAAAAUCCUGCUGGCCGCCACUGCUGCUGAGCCAAGAGAUCGUCAGGCUUGACUAAAGCAGCUAACAAUUGAAGGUGAAGAAAAACCCUGGGAGGGAGGACGCUGAUGCUUGCAGAGGGACCAGUGCGCCUACUGCAAGGAAAUAGGGCACUAGGCCAGAGAAUGCCCCAAAUGGAGAGCCAACAAGCCUGCCCCCCCAGGGUGAAACCCACAUCUUAGAAAUGAGGGAAUUAAGUGACUAGAGGAGUCAGGGUUCAGCACCCCUCCCUGAACCCAGGGUAACCCUCAAAGUGGAGGGGACACCAAUAGAUUUCCUUGUGGACACUGGCACCCAGCAUUCAGUGCUUCUAAGUGACCAAGGUAAACUAGAUAUAAGAAAAUCUUGGGUCCAAGGGGCAACUGGGAUGAAGAAAUACUCAUGGACUACCUGAAGAACUGUAGACCUGGGCAUGGGCUAGGUAUCCCAUGCAUUCAUGGUUAUCCCAGACUGCCCAUAUCCCUUAUUUGGAAGAGAUUUAUUAACUAAAAUUGGGGCCCAGAUAACCUUCAAGCAGGAUGGACCACAGGUCACAGAUAAUCAAGGGCGCCUUAUACAGGUUCUAACUGUUCAGCUAGAAGAUGAGUAUGCAUUCCACCAACAACCUCCUGGGGCCCAAGCUGACAUUAAUGACUGGCUCCACUCCUACCCGUUAGCAUGGGCUGGGAUAGGAGGUAUAGGGUUAGCCUUUCAUCAGCCUCCCGUCUUAGUAGAACUUAAGCCUGGAGCAGAACCCAUAAAAGUAAAGCAAUACCCCAUGGCUGCGGAGGCAAAGAAAGGCAUAAUGCCACACAUUAGACGCCUCCUACGGGCGUGUAUUUUGAUCCCUUGCCAGUCAGCUUGGAAUACUCCCCUGUUGCCUAUCAAUAAACCCCGUACGAAUGACUAUUGUCCAGUAUAGGAUUUACGGGAAGUAAAUAAGCGGGUGAUGGAUAUCCAUCCCGCGGUGCCUAACCCGUAUACACUCCUCAGUGCCUUGGCCCCAACUCAAACAUGGUACACAGUAUUAGAUUUAAAAGAUGCCUUCUGCAGUCUCCCUCUAGCCCCACAAAGCCAGGCUAUGUUUGCCUUUGAGUGGAGAGAUCCAGAGGAGGGCAUCAGUGGACAACUCACCUGGACCCACCUACCGCAAGACUUUAAGAAUUCUCCAACUAUCUUUGAUGAAGUCCUACAUGCAGAUUUAGGUGAGUUCCGUAGGUCUCACUCCGGCUUGACCCUCCUCCAGUAUGUAAAUGACAAAUUAGUAGCAGCUGCUACAGAGCAAUUGCUUGCAAGGAACGCAGGAUCUGCUCACUACCCUGGGAGACAUGGGAUAUUGAGCCUUGGCAAAGAAAGCCCAACUUUGUCAGCAAACUGUGAAUUAUUUAGGAUAUGUACUUAAAGAUGGCUAGAUAUGGCUGAGUGAAGCCAGAAAGAGCACUGCACUCGCAUUCCAACUCCCACUACUCCCAGGCAAGUGCGGGAAUUUUGGGGAAUGGUUGGAUUCUGUAGACUGUGGGUGCCGGGGUUUGCUGAGAUUGCUAAGCCCCUUUAUGAAGCCACCAAAGAGGGGCAGCCUUUCCAGUGGAUAGCAGAAAGAGACCAGGCAUUUUAAAACCUCAAGAUGGCCUUGUUAAUCUCUCCUGCAUUAAGUCUCCUCGAUAUUACCAGACCUUUCCAUCUAUAUGUGGAUGAGCACAAAGGGGUGGCAAAGGGAGUAUUAACCCAAGACUUUGGGACCCUGGACUCGCCCAGUAGCUUACCUCUCAACCCAGUCACCUCGGGAUGGCCCCCUUGUUUAUGGAUUAUUGCGGCAACUGCCCUCUUAGUAAAAGAUGCAGACAAACUCACCCUGGGGCAAGAACUGUUAAUAACGACCCCUCACACCAUCGAGGGAGUCUUAAAGCAGCCCCCAGAUGGAUGGAUGAGCAAUGCGCGACUGACUCAUUAUCAAGGCCUACUACUAAACCCACCAAGGAUUCGGUUCUUACCCAGUGUAGCUUUGAAUGCUGCCACUCUUUUACACAACCCAGAUGCAGAGGUGCUGCUACAUCAAUGCCAAGAUAUACUGGUGCAAGUUCACAGCCUCCGCCAAGACCUGACUGAUCAGCCACUGCCUGACGCUGAGGAAACCUGGUUCACAGACAGCAGCAGUUUCAUGAGGGAUGGACACAGGUAUGCAGGGGUGGCUGUGGUCUCAGAAACCGAAACAUUGUGGGCUGAGCCCCUCUCAAGCAGUACUUCUGCCCAAUGGGCAGAACUCAUCGCUCUCACUAAGGCCUUGGUUAUGGGAAAAGGAAAGAAAAUUAAUAUCUAUACUGACAGUCGGUAUGCGUUUGCCACGGCCCACAUUCAUGGUGUCAUCUACAGGGAGAGGGGGUUGCUAAUGGCAGAAGGAAAAACGGUAAAGAACAAGCAAGAAAUAUUGGACCUCCUGACAGCCAUCUGGUUGCCGAAGAAAGUAGCCAUCAUUCACUGCCCGGGUCACCAGAAAGGAAAUUCCCCGGUGGCUCAGGGUAAUCACCAAGUGGACAAGAUAGCCAAGAGUGUAGCCCUCAAGGUAACCCAAGAGCUAGCCCUCCACCUGCCAGAUCCAGGAGCGCCAGUGCUGCCAGAGAAACACAAAUACUCUCCGGAGGACCUGGCUUGGCUUCACACUAUUCCUCAAGCACAUUGCCCAGCAAAAUACAACGGUUGGUGGCGCACUGCAGAUGGCAGAACCAUCCUCUCAGCUAGGCAUAGAAGUGCUCCGGUGUAUGCACCAAGCCACCACAUGGGCAACCGGAAACUGAAAGACCUAGUCCAUCAUGCGAAGAUUAAAAUAGAACGUCUAGACACUAACCUGUACCAAAUUGUUGGGGCUUGUAAGGCCUGUCAGCUCACUAAUGGCAGAUCGGGACCUGCUGCCUAAGGAACCUGAGAGCCAGGAAACAAGCCUGAUGCAUAUUGGGAAGUGGAUUUCACAGAAAUUAAACCAGGAAGGUAUGGAUAUAAAUAUCUCUUAGUUUUUAUAGAUACUUUUUCUGGGUGGAUGGAAGCAUUUCCAACGAAGCAUGAGACCACUCAGAUGGUGGCCAAGAAGUUGCUGGAAGACAUUCUCCCCAGCAGGCACAAAAAGAAAGUUGGAACCGGCUGCGAGCUACUUACAAAGCUGGUCCCAUACCUGAGCCCCACAAGUUCUGGCCUAGUGAUUGGGUCUACAUGAAAAGGCAUCACCAGGAGACUUUGGAACCCCAGUGGAAGGGCCCGUAUGUCAUGAUCCUGGUGAUACCCACCGCUCUGAAAGUAGACGACAUCGCCUCCUGGGUUCACCACACCCAUGUUAGACUCUCGGACCCGUUCGCCAUUCAAGAGGACUUCAUUCCACAAUGGAAGAUCCAGCAGGCCGCAGACAAUCCUUUAAAACUCAAACUGAAGCGCUCUCUACCUACACACUGCUAAUAUUACUUGUAUGUACCC